UCUCCCCCGGGGCGCACCCCUAGGCUGUGCAGUGCGGUCUGUAGUGCUUCUUCUCCCAGGGGUUGCUGGGCCUCGAGGGAAAUCUUCGGGUGCGACCUUCCGCUCGCUCUGCUAGAGCUGCCUUUGAACUCAGAAAUCCCGGCCCCCCCAACUAAGAACCCGCGGCCUUCUUGUCUUCCGCCUCCAGGGGGCGUUCAUGCGCUCAGCGCCCUCGUUUCAUGGUUGAGGACCCAAGUGUUCUGACUCCGCCCCUGCGCUGCAGUGGGGCUCGUUUACCCCACAGCUUAGUGGGGACCUGGGAACGUUCUAACAUCGCACGCUUUCCCUCCCCCUUAAGCCUGCCGACCAUGCCCGCGGGCGUGUCCUGGACGUCCUACCUGAAAAUGUUCGCCGCCAGCCUCCUGGCCAUGUGCGCCGGCGCGGAGGUGGUGCACCGGUACUACCGGCCGGACCUGACAAUACCUGAAAUUCCACCACAGCCUGGAGAACUCAAAACAGAGCUUUUGGGACUGAAAGAGAGACAACAUGAACCUCAAAAUUCGUCUCUGCCAAGAACUCUGUGAAUAAUGUUAUGAGAAUUAAAUAUGUAGUUUUAGAAUUUACUGAGUCAAACUACUUGUGUUUAAGCACUAAUACAAUGCUAACUGCAAGAGGAAGUGCUCAGCAGAUGUUAACCGAUGCAUUGAGAUUUAGUUAUGGUUUGACUAAUGUUUCUUGAAAACUGCCAAAACUUAUAUCAUCAGCUCCUCUAAUGCGGUUUGAUAGAUACCUAGUCUUAAAUAUCAUGUGAGAGAACACAGUUGCAGUGUCUCCUACCCUUAUAAUUCUGGUUUAUUUCUCUGAAUAAGCUUGACUAUAACGGCAAAUGGGAAUUAUAAAUUAACUAUAAUAAAAGUGACAUUGACCAUGAAUGCUUAGGGUGAGAAGUUAAUAUUUCUCUAAAUAUCGGAAAGUACUAUUUGUACUAAACUGAAUUCAGUUGAAAUAUUCAAAGUUUGAAAUUCUUUCAGAGUUGUAUAUAUAACACAAUUAUAAACAAUUGUGACUUGGACGGUCACAAGUUCUCUACCCCCAAAUUUGAGACACCAUUUGGCAUUUAAUUUCUCUUAUAAACUAUAUUCUAAAAUAACUGAUAAACAUAAAUGAGUAUUGUUAUGGGUUGAAUUGUAUCCCCCCAAAAGAUGUUGAAGUCCUAACUCCCAGUACCUGUGAGUGUGUAUUUGGAAAUAGGGUCUUUGCAGUUGUAAUGAAGUAAAGAUGAGGUCAUUGGGGUGGGCCCUAAUCCAAUGUGAAUGGUGUCUUUUUAUAAGAAGAGGAAAAUGCCAUGUAAAGACAGACACACAGGGAGAAUGCCAGGUGAUAACAGAAGCAAAGAUUGGAGUGAUGCAGCCACAAGCCAGGGGACACCACCAGAAGCUAGGAAGAGACAGGGCAGGAUUCUACCCAGAGUCUGUGAACAUGGCUCUGCUGACACCUGGAUUUCGGACUUUUGGCCCCUAGAACUGUGAGAGAAUAAAUUUCUGUUGUUUUAAGCCAUCCACUUAGUGUUUCUUUGUUAUGGCAGCCCUGGGAAACUAAUACCAACGUGUUAGCCCUUUUCUGAGUCUAUGAAAGCAGGUCGAAAGUAAUUUAUAGAGCAGUCAGCUCUGUGUUCAGGGCUGUUUUUCCAAAAGAAGUUUUUAAAAAUUCUGAAUUUCUAAUGAUAAUGUCUAAGCUUAUUACUUCUUAGCCAGUUACCAGAUUGCUACAUGAUAGAGAUCUUUGGGGUCAAUGUUGAAAUCUUAAAUUCCUAAGUGCAAACAAAAUGCUUUUGUUUCUCUCCAUAGUCAGUGCCCUUUUAGUUUAACAGUAUAAAGCAACUAAAUGAAAUGGUUUGUUUCCAGACUCAUAUACCAGAUUUUUCUUCUCUACUCUGUGUCAUUUGGUACUUUAUCAUAUGUUCCCAGCACAAAGAGAAUCUUCAAUUCUGUCAGUGACAGAUGAGCAGUACCCUACCCUAGGAAAACAAGGGCCGGGAUUCUGAGGUGGAAGAUGGGCUUUUUUUUUAAAAUGUAAAUUUAUUUAUUUAUUCAUACAUUUACCUAUUCAUUUAUGGCUGCGUUGGUUCUUCUUUGCUGCGCGCGGGCUUUCUCUAGUUGCGGCGAGCGGGGGCUACUCUUUGUUGCGGUGCACGGGCUUCUCAUUGCAGUGGCUUCUCUUGUUGCAGAGCACGGGCUCUAGGCACGCAGGCUUCAGUAGUUGUGGCUCACGGGCUCCAGAGUGCAGGCUCAGUAGUUGUGGUGCAUGGGCUUAGUUGCUC